AUGGCCAUGUCACCUGAGGUAAGUCAUCCCGAUCUGUCUCUCUCCGGGAGAAAGAAUCCCUAUGGAGAGUUGAUGAUCACUGUCUCAUCACCACAGGCACGGAGCGAAAGGAGACCGCACUCGAUAUCGCAAACCCCGUUUUUCCGGCAACCAAUUAUGGAUCUUUUCAAGAUCCUUACAACGGUCUUUUACUCCCCAGACAUUCUGCUCUCUCCCGAGGACACAGCUAUCUCAAUCUGUCCCAUUCCUGACAAGGACCUCAACGCCAUGAUCAACGCCUUCAAUUUGGAGCAACAGAGAGUUCUCUUUGCCCUCCACUGCCAGUUCAACUCUAACCCACCUCCUCGAUAUUACAAGUCACUCGUCAAGCUCGUCUUUGACUAUGCGAGUCAGGAAGAAAAAGACAGAUAUACGAAGGGGAUAGCUCAAAGUCUUUGGUCCUUGCGAAGACCAGAAUAUAACAUCGCCACCCUCCUCAUUAAUCAUACCGACGUCAGCAUUGAGAGAAUGCAGGCCGUUGAAGAGGAGAACGAGGCCCGGAGGGCGGAGGUGAGCAGAUUGAUAGAACAAUUCGACGAUAUUAUGUCCGCAUGUAGGCAAUCGAUUCAAGUUCAAGCUAACAAGGACCAAAAAAAUGGGGCCGUCUUUCAUGCCGCCAUGAAACUCUUGAAUCGCCAACCCGCCACGCGGUCUACCGUCGACUGGAUAGCCUCGGACGGCUACGAGUUCGCUUUGGCAAGUUUUAAGGAAGACAAGUCCUUGCAGGACUCACUGGUGAGACACUGGCUAGGUGUCGAGGAAUCAGGAGCAGAUGUUGACUUGAGUAUACGAGAACUGAAGAGCAGAAAUUCGGGAAGAGCUAUCCGCCUGCAGUUGGCACUAUUUGCGACGAUCUGGCACAGGGCAAGAAUCAUGAAUAGCGCAAGCCCUGAUGUCGAGACGAAUUAUAGCACUCUGACCGGCGCUCAGGACCAGGGACAUGCCCAACUAGCCGCCGACGAUCUUAUAGCAUUGUGCGAGGGCUUUUUGACACUACAUGAGGAAUUGGACGCUAAAGAGUCGGACGCCAUUUUCGAAGACCUCCUUCUCCGUCUCUACCAACAUCACGACUCAUACUCGGCCGGGGUAACAAGUGUGACGGCGUUCUUACAGGAAUUAUGA